CUCUUUCUGCAGCUUCAUGAAUGUUGCCUUUAUUUUUUUUUUUUCUUCGCAAAUAGGAUUUUACAAAACCGCUGUAGAACAUGUUGACCACUGACAAAACGAUAACACACUUUCGGUGAGGGCCAGCGUGGACACAGGACCGCGGGAUCGGCAAGGGGCUGCCCCCUAGCCCGGCUCUCCUCUGGUCCCCGGCGGGGCCAGGCUGCCCCUCCCCCGCUCCCGGCUCGGGUUUCAGUCUUCCGAGUUGAGCAAACUUGCUGCAGGCGGAUUGGCGGCGAGCAGCUCCCGGGCUCCGGCGUCGUCCGCGCGACCACCGCUCCUUUGUGUCCCGCGGCCGCCGCCCGGGCACAGCGAGGAGGGCUCGGCGGGCAGCUCGCUCCCCUGCGCGGCGGACUCCCGGCGGGGGGACACGUGCUGGGCCGGGUCACCGCGGGGCGGAGGCGGAGCCGGGGCGGAGGCGCGGCGACCAGGGGCGGCGACCGGGGAUCCGCAGCGCUGCCCGCGCCCCCGCUGGCCGCCCGCGCCGGGCCGGCUCUGUCUGUCGGCAGCACCGCGGUGCAGGCGCGCGAGGGCCGCGACCGGGGAUGAGCUGCCUGCGGUGAGAAGCCGCCCUGCCAGCCGCGAUCAUGUCCAUCCACAUCGUGGCGCUGGGGAACGAGGGCGACACGUUCCACCAGGAUAACCGGCCGUCGGGGCUCAUCCGCACCUACCUGGGGAGAAGCCCGCUGGUUUCGGGGGACGAGAGCAGCUUGUUGCUGAACGCGGCCAGCACGGUCGCGCGCCCGGUGUUCACCGAGUACCAGGCCAGUGCGUUCGGGAACGUCAAGCUGGUGGUGCACGACUGUCCCGUCUGGGACAUUUUUGACAGUGAUUGGUACACCUCCCGAAACCUAAUUGGGGGUGCUGACAUCGUUGUGAUAAAAUACAAUGUAAAUGACAAGUUUUCAUUCCACGAAGUAAAGGAUAAUUAUAUUCCAGUGAUUAAACGAGCAUCAAACUCAGUUCCAGUGAUCAUUGCAGCUGUUGGGACCAGGCAACAUGAAGAAUUACCUUGUACAUGCCCCCUGUGUACCUCAGACCGAGGGAGCUGUGUUAGUACCACAGAAGGGAUCCAACUUGCCAAAGAACUGGGAGCUACCUACCUGGAGCUGCACAGCCUUGAUGACUUCUACAUCGGAAAGUAUUUCGGAGGAGUGUUGGAGUAUUUUAUGAUUCAAGCCUUAAAUCAGAAGACAAGUGAAAAAAUGAGGAAAAGGAAAAUGACCAACUCCUUUCACGGAAUUAGACCGCCUCAACUUGAACAGCCAGAAAAGAUGCCUGUCUUGAAAGCCGAGGCAUCGCACUACCACUCCGACUUGAACAACUUGCUGUCCUGCUGCCAGUGUGUGGACGUGGUGUUUUACCACCCGGAAGUGACGGGCGUCGCGCAGGCCCACAAGAUUGUUCUCUGCGCUGUGAGCCACGUUUUCAUGCUGCUGUUCAAUGUGAAGAGCCCUACCGACAUUCAGGAUCCCAGCAUCGUCCGGAUGACCCGGGACCUCUUCGCCAUCAACAGAGAUGCUGUGCGUCCAGGUGCUAGCCAGGAAUCUCCCAGCAACCCGCCCCUGCGAGUCGUCGUGAAGGACGCGCUCUUCUGCUCGUGUUUGUCCGAUAUUCUGCGCUUCAUUUAUUCAGGUGCUUUUCAGUGGGAAGAGCUGGAAGAAGACAUCAGGAGGAAGCUGAACGACUCAGGGGAUGUUUCAGAUGUAAUCGAGAAAGUGAAAUGCCUUUUAAAAACACCAGGAAAGAUCAAUUGCCUGCGGAAUUGCAAGACCUACCAAGCCAGAAAGCCUCUGUGGUUCUAUAAUACAUCGCUCAAGUUUUUCCUCAAUAAACCAAUGCUUGCUGAUGUUGUCUUCGAAAUACAAGGAACAGCUGUGCCAGCCCACAGGGCCAUCUUGGUGGCACGGUGUGAGGUGAUGGCAGCCAUGUUUAAUGGUAAUUACAUGGAAGCCAAGAGUGUCCUGAUUCCAGUGUACGGCGUUUCCAAAGAGACUUUCUUGUCGUUUUUAGAAUACUUAUACACAGACUCUUGUUGCCCAGCUGGCAUUUUCCAGGCCAUGUGUCUCCUCAUCUGUGCUGAGAUGUACCAGGUCUCCAGACUGCAGCACAUCUGUGAGCUGUUCAUCAUCACACAGCUGCAGAGCAUGCCCAGCAGGGAGCUGGCGUCCAUGAACCUUGAUAUUGUGGAUCUGCUCAAAAAGGCCAAGUUUCACCACUCUGACUGCCUUUCCACGUGGCUGCUUCACUUCAUCGCCACCAACUACCUCAUAUUCAGCCAGAAGCCUGAAUUUCAAGACCUUUCAGUGGAAGAACGAAGUUUUGUUGAGAAGCACAGAUGGCCAUCAAACAUAUACUUGAAGCAGCUGGCAGAGUACAGGAAGUAUAUCCACUCCCGGAAAUGUCGCUGUUUAGUCAUGUGACCUGAGCUUUUGUGUAUAGACAUACUUUUUUACUGUUAUGAAGAAUGGGUACCUCUGGGUUCCAGUAAAAUUCUUAUAAUUGAAUCAGUAUGGUAUUUUAAAAACACCAUAUAGCUUCUUAUUAGCUUUGAAGGCUGCAGAGGUCUUAAAAGGGAGCACAGACUUUAAGGCUUCGCCCAGAACAUAAAUCUCCUGGACAGUGGCUUCUCCUCUAGGUUGCCCCGUUGCUUUAAUAGCAUUAAACCUCUCCUCAUUAAGAGAUGUUUAAUUUUAAAAAUAUCAUCAAGGAUAAAUACAAAAAUUUCAUCAUGUCUGACUGAUUGCUAAAAUAAGGGCCAUUUAAAAGCCAAGUGUAACUGAAUUUGGAGGAGUGCUGUCCAGUGCAGCGUGAAGUUUUAGGAAUAGGAAUUUGCCAUCCAUCAGUCACACACCAGCUGGUUCCAGUUCAGUAGGCGUGUUUGAAUCGAUAUAAUGAAGAACAUCUGCCCAUCUGGUCCAUGCAACCACAUCUGCUUGCCGAUUGGCUAACCCAGUCAGGGCUAGCAGUUACUGCUGUGCAACCUUCUGGAUUCUGCAGCUCCCACAAACCCAGUCAGGGCAAGCAGUUAUUGCUGUGCAACCUUCUGGAUUCUGCAGCUCCCACACUUAGAAAGGCCUGGCACUUGUUUAGGCUCUGCUAGUACACUGUUGAAUUCCUAAAAAUGUUUGAAAGAAGGCUUCCAUAUUUUCACUUUGCACUGGCUCCCCAAAAUUCCUAUUGAGGGAAAAUGCUCGCUCUCUCUCUCUCUCUCUCUCUCUCUCUCUCUCUCUCUCUCCCUCUUUCUCUACAGGGUUUCUCUGUGUAACAGCCCUGGCUAUCCUAGAACUUGCUUUGUAGAUUAG